GGAGGGCCAGGAGUGGGACUCCUGUAGGGGUAGGGAGUAGACACCACACAGGUCUACAAACAGCAGCUCAGAAUGGUGUCGACGAGGAGUGCUGCUAGGGCCUCUGCCCAGGGGGAGAAGGCUAACCGGGGCUGGUCUGAGGCCUCCACCCAGACUGAGCCCAUGGGGGAGCUGAUGUCCCCCUACCUCCUGGCCUGUGGAGGAUCCCCAGCAGGGCUGGGGGGGCAGAGAUUGGGGGCCCCCACACCUGUCCGGCAGGUGCCCAUCUUGGGGCUCUGGGGGCGCAGGUGAGGGAGCUCCGGGAGGAGAUUAGCAGGCUAAGGGGGAUCAGGGAGGUGGAGGAUGAAAUUGACAGAUAUUUCCUUUCCCUGCAGGACCAGGCACCGAAGGAAGAAGCAGCCUGGGGAAUGCCCUCCGCAGCAGAGUGGCAGACAGUCACAGCCAGGACCGGAGCAGCUCGCAGAGAAUCGGUACCAGCUUCUCCAGUUCGACUGGAGAACAGGUACGAGGCCCUGGCGAUCCUGCAGGAGAUGGAAGGGGAGGAGGAAACCCUUGGGCAGGAAGAAACACCACAUUCUUCACACUUCAAACUGAUCAAGAGGUCCAAGAGGACCCAGAGGAGGAGGCGACGAGUGCUCGUCAUAGGCGACUCCAUCCUGAGAGGUAUGGAAGGGCCCAUCUGUCGCCAGGACCCCUCAGCACGAGAGGUAUGCUGCCUCCCUGGAGCAAAGAUUUGGGAUGUGAUGGAGGUAAUCCAGGCCAGGAUCAAGCCCACCGAUUACUACCCCUUGGUCCUAGUCCAUGUGGGUACUAAUGAUGCGGCCAGGAGAACCCCCGAUCACCUGAUGGUGGACUACAGUGCUCUGGGCGGCGUGCUGAAGGAGUUCGGUGCACAGGUGGUAUUCUCUUCCAUCCUACCAGUGAACGGACGCGGAAGACGGCAUGAGAACUGCAUCCGAGAGACCAACUGGCGGCUUCGGCAGUGGUGUCUCGAGGCAGGCUUCGGCUUCCUGGACAAUGACCCGCACAUCACGACGAGGGACAUGCUCAGCUGGGAUGGGCUUCACGUGUCCCCCAAAGGUUGAAGAGUCCUUGAUCUCUCAGCCUUUCCUCAUAUGGCUUGCCUUACAAGUCUCUGAUCAUACAAACCUCUGAUCAUACAGGAUCAGAGUACUGAGAGGUGCUUUGGUACACUUGGAAGCAGAAGGCUUGAAGACAGAGAAAAUGGCUUUCAGGUGCCUAAAUUCCACUGAAAAUAAAAAAGAAUCAGACACCUCACUGCUAAUUUUUUCUGAAAAAUCUUCCUUACUAAGGCAUGAACUGAUGCCCAUUAAGAUCACUGGACAGAGGAUUCAGCCUGAAAUUGUGGCCUCUAGAUGUCAUGAAACUACAAACUUUGCAAGUUCUUCUGAAGUGCUAGCUUGAGUUUGGAGCAGCCACAUGUUCAAGCCAGCAGAGG